GGCUUUCUACUUAUCCUGCAGAGUUUUGAUUCCUCUAGUUGAGACUUUCUUUGGAUCUGGUGCUUUCCCUCGUUUUAUCUCCAUUGAGCGAUCAUGGUCCGGUUUGGGCUCUGCUUUGGCCUCGUGGCCAGUCUGCAGGCUUCUCUGCUUGCAGCACAAGCGAACAAUGCUGCCAUCAAGCAGGCUUGCGAUGACAUUGACGCACAGUUCUCCGACGCGAGCGAUGUCUUGACUUUCAGAGGCAUUCGCUUUUACCAAGCUAUCGAUCAUUGGAUGGAGUCUUCUGACCAGACGCCGAGAUGUGUGGUUCAGCCUGCUUCUGUACAGGAUUUGAGUACGGCUAUGAGGAUUAUUGGUGAGCGAAGGGUGCCUUUCGCCGUGAUGUCUGGUGGCCACACUUCCAAUCCUGGAUUCUCGAGCACAACUGGAGUUCACAUCUCAUUGGCGAAGCUCAAUGAAGUCUCCUUGUCGCAGGACGGAUCUAUCGCGAGAGUCGGCUUUGGCAACAAGUGGUUAGAUGUGUACAAGAAACUAGAGGGAACUGGGAGGAACGUGGUCGGAGGCAGGGUUCCUGGACCUGGUGUCGGCGGGUUCACCCUAGGCGGUGGGUAUUCGUGGAAGACAAACUUGUAUGGUCUGACCAUUGAUACGAUCAAGAGUUUCACGCUCGUCUGUCCCAAUGGAACGAUCGCAACAGUAGACCAGUCUCGCCCAGACCUGUUCUUCGCUCUGCGAGGAGGGCUCAAUCGGUUCGGCGUCGUUGCUGAUGCAGAGCUCUACACUCAUGCCCAAGUUCCCUUGAUAUAUGGCGGAACGAGGCUAUACGACUCGACACAAGUGGACAGAAUUAUCAACGCCACGUAUGAAUUCGAAAGGACGAAUACCGACCCUAAAGCCACAGUCAUCACAUCAAUUCUCGGGACGACCGCGACCACUCAAUUCUUCUACGAUGGACCAGAGAAACCUGCAAGCUUUGCAGUGUUUGACGGCAUCAGGACCCUGCUUCUCGACACGGUCAAGACCCAGUCUUUCUCGGACUUUGUGGCUUCUAUCCCGGCUGAGAUUAGGGAUGUGACCAAUUUUCGAGGAACCUGGGAGACUUUCUCAACGACAAAAACCACACUGCGGUUCCUGAAAGCAUUGCAAGCAGAGGCUAAGAGACUCAGCAAACUACUUCGUGCUCCGACGGGCAUCAACCUCGCUGUCGACGCGUAUAUUCCGGGCAUGUACGGCCAGCACGCAGUGGCGGACACUUCGUACCCGCACUCGGACUCUCAGCUUCCGGUCCUGCUUGAUGUCGCCUGGGCAUUUUCUGGAGAUGAUGAGUUUUGGCGUCGUCAAGUGCGGCAAUCUCGAGAUGCACUGGUGAAAGUUGCUCAGGAGGAGCGCAUCCUCCAUUCCAUUUCGUACUCAAACUACGCGCAAGGUAGCACUCCUGCGCAGGAGCUUUAUGGUCCGGCAAAUGCAGCGAGGCUGGCCAGUAUCAGGAACGAGGUGGACCCGCAGAGAAUCAUGGACCUGACCGGAGGCUAUGCAAUUUGAUCGGCCUGUUCUUGCGUGUACAAACCUCAGCGAGCGAGGAGUUGCAUUGUGUUUGGGAAAUGUCGAUAAUAUCUUCGAGAGUGCGACUUCCGAUGAAAACUUUGCUAGGUGUGUCUUCUUUUGUGUUUAUUAAAAUUGGUCCACGCGGUCGCAGGUGGAAACAGAUAGCUUCGGCUAUGCUGGCAAAGUGCAGGGCGGCUGGGCACCUGCAGAGGCAGGAAGAAGGCGACAAAAAAAAGUCUAGAAUUUCGACCUAGGGAGAUUAGAGAGCUCCUAAGAACAC